CUACAUGACGACAGUCUUUUUUUUGAGUUAUACCGAUAACACCACAUUCUUCUCGUUUAUUAAAGAUAUUAGAAAGCAAUUUAAGCUUUCGCGAACACGAUGAGUGUGGCGAAAAUUUUAACAUGGAUUUCGUAUUCUCUCGUUGUAUGCGAGUGCCACAUUCGGAAGGGGCGCGAUGAAGAUGGCUCGAAGCUUAUACGUAUCAAUGGUGACGUUAUUCUCGGUGGAAUCUUUCCUAUGCACGAACAGGUGGCAAGUUCCAUCGGUCAAUCACCAUGCGGUGCGGUGAAAGAAGAGAAAGGGAUGCAACGUUUGGAGGCUAUGUUGUACGUUUUGGACGAGAUAAAUUCAGACGAUGAUUUAUUACCUAACACCACCUUGGGCGCACUUAUUCUCGAUUCUUGCAGCAGUGACACUUAUGCGCUUGACCAGAGUAUGGAAUUUGUUAGAUCCUAUAUGAAUCAAGAUAUAUCGGAAUAUAAAUGUGAAAAUGACAAACCACCGAUGUACGUGCCCCAUAAACCUGUUACAGGUGUUAUAGGAGCCUCCUUCAGUGUAGUCUCCAUUAUGGUAGCCAAUAUUCUGCGAUUAUUCAAGAUACCACAAAUAAGUUACGCAUCAACGAGCACAGAACUGUCGGAUAAGAGUCGUUUCGAAUAUUUUAGUAGAGUGGUACCACCAGAUAAUUUUCAAGCUCAAGCCAUGGUGGAAAUCAUUCAUCAACUCGGUUGGAAAUACGUUUCCACGGUUGCGGUUGAAGGUGAUUAUGGAGAGAAGGGAAUUGCCAGUUUUAUCUCAUUGUCAAUGGAAUAUAGUGUCUGUGUAGCAGUUAGCGAGAAAAUCUUGAGAAAUGCGAAAACCGAAGAUUUCGAUAAAAUUAUUGAGCGGCUUAGUUCAAAACACAAUGCCAGAGGUGUCGUUUUUGUCGAUGAGGAUAAUAUAAGAAAACUUUUACAAGCAACAGUUAGGGCCAAUCGUACAGGCCAUUUUAUGUGGAUAGGUAGCGAUUCAUGGGGUGCUAAAGUAUAUCCGGUAAGAGAUCAGGAAUUCGCGGCAGAAGGUGCAAUCACAAUUUUGCCUUAUAGAACAUCUCUUCAAAGUUUUGACGAUUAUUAUUUAAAUCUUCGACCAAGAGUUGACAAUGAAUGUGAUGGACAAAGUGAAAAUAACGUGCCACAUAAAGAAUUGCCCGGAAAAAUAGUGAAUUGUCGAAAUAUUUGGUUUCGAGAAUUUUGGUCUCAACAUCAUAAAUGCAGUUUUAAUGCAAACUUGUCAGCUGGUAUGACACGUUGUACUGGUACGGAAGAAUUAAUUGAUUACGAGCAAGAAGGAUUGGUGCCAUUUGUCGUUGAUGCAGUUUAUGCAAUGGCACACGGUGUUCAUAAUUUAAUAGACGAAGAAUGCGUGAAUAAUGGUAGAACUGCUCAUUAUUUGUGCGAAGAUCUUCGUUCAGCGCCGGAUGGUCAACAACUUCUUCAACAUAUUCGAAAUGUUAGCUUUAUUGGUCGUCAAGGUACUGAAAUUAAAUUUAAAUCUGACGGUGAUGCAUAUGGAUUUUAUAAUAUAUAUCAAUAUCAAAGAAAAGAAGAUGGCCGUUUCGAUUAUGUUCUUAUUGGAACAUGGAAAGAGGAAUUGGCACUUGAUAUUAAUAUGACAAGAUGGGCAACAGGUGCUGGAGAAAUGCAUAUCCCUCGAAGUUUAUGCAGUGAUAAUUGCCCACUGGGUCAUGUACGCAAUUUUCAGGAAGCCUGUUGUUGGAGUUGUGUGGCGUGUCGUGAAGACGCUUACGUCUUUAACGAUACUUGUCGCAGUUGUGGUCCCGGGUAUGCUCCAGAUGAAACAAUGACAAGUUGCAUCAAACUUACAGCAGAAGUUAUUCCAUGGACUAGUCCUUGGGCAUUGGUACCAUUAAUAUUCGCCUCAAUUGGCAUACUUAGUACUUUAUUCACAACUGUAGUGUUCAUUCGCUUCAACCGUACUCCUGUGAUUAUGGCAUCAGGACGUGAGUUGUGUUACGUAUUGCUAGUAGGAAUUUUAUCGUGUUAUGGUAUGAGUUUUGUAAUAUUAAGCAAACCAACUGUAUGGAAUUGCACAUAUCUGAGAAUUGGACUUGGCUUAUGCUUAAGCAUUUGUUAUAGCGCGAUAUUAACUAAAACAAAUCGAAUAUCACGCAUUUUUAACCAAGGUACAAAAAGUAUAAAAAGACCUUCUUACACAUCACCGAAGAGCCAAGUUGUAAUUGCAAUCGGGAUCACUGCAGUACAAUUAAUUGGUGUUAUUGUUUGGUUAAUCAUUGAACCACCGGAUACUACAGAAAUUCAUCCAUAUCCAUUGUCAGCAGUACUCACGUGUCGUGUUUCCACAUUUUCCCUAAUGAUGUCACUCGUCUACAAUAUGUUUCUAAUACUUAUGUGCACUUUAUAUGCGUUCAAAACACGUAAGAUACCAGAGAAUUUCAACGAAGCGAAAUACAUUGGUUUUACGAUGUAUUCUACAUGCAUUGUAUGGUUAGCUUUCGUACCCAUCUACUUUGGCUCAAACAAUGAUUAUAAGGUACAAAUAGCAAGCAUGUGUAUGUGCAUUAAUAUUUCCGCGUCAGUAGCUCUCGGUUGUCUCUUUACACCAAAAGUAUAUCUAGUACUCUUUCAACCAUAUAAAAAUGUUCGACCUGGACAUACUAAUACGAGUGCACUUCAAAGUGGUAACCGUGGAACGUACAGCAUGCGAUUUUCUGGCGGUCGUAGUCAAACGAUGCAGAGCAUGACCUCCUGUUCUCGAAGCAGUCCACCGGUAUCACGUCCAAGCCAGGACGAGGUAAAACAUGCCAACGAGUAUCAGGCCAGAACUCAUGAGACUACCGUGGAGAUAUACGACGAUGACGAAGAAGAACGCAAGCUCUCCACUAUCCAGGAAGUGUCAGAAUCAAGAGACAUUUCCAGUCCUUCGAUGUUCGCUGAAAAUUGCCGAAAUCGAAGUCGGAAAUCGAUUUCCAGCGAUUCUGACCAGUCGGGCGAUCCAGUACGUAAAAAUCGUAUGGGAACAAUUAGUUGCAUCUCCGACAAAGUGGUGUGUUAUAAGACAGAAGCAAACAUUUUUCCCAGCGAAGAUCAAACAUUCCACGUCUACAGCGAUUCACCGACUUUUUCCGAUUUUUCAUCAUAAAUCGCGACAUUUAAUGUCAAGGUAACGAAAAAAAAGAAAACUGUCAUUUUUAAUACGUGAAAAUUCAUUUAACAGUGCCAAGACGUCUUUUUAGCCUCGCAUUUGUUCUUACAAAGACAAGUUUAGAUAUACAAAUGUACAUGCAAAUGUGAAAUUAAUGAUCAAAAUAUUUAAAAAUCAAAUAUUUAUCUUUUAUAUAGAGAACAUUUACU